AUGGCGAUAGAUCAAGAAUCUCCCGUUAUGUCUUCAGGAAACAACUCCAAAAACGAUGUCAACGACAAAUCUAGACAAGAAGAUAGCCUCGAAGACCAGAGUCCUAGAUCCGAAUAUAAAAAACUCAGUUGGCUCAGUACAUGGGGAUUUGGUCCUGUAAAAGUUGGUCCAAGAGUCGGUCCAGUUUUGCCACAUCUUCGUAUGGAUGCCGAUGCUUCAAGUAUCAAUAGUGAUAGUGGAAAUGAACUUUUGAAAAAGCAAAUUCAAGCUGAGGAGGGUUCUGCCAUCAAAUAUCGUAGUUGCAGUUGGCAAAAGGUCAUACACAACAUUUUUAUUCUUCGUCUUAUUUUAACUGCUGUUGUUGCAUUUUUGGUCCUAUACACAUCUCUCGUUUUAUGGGAGUUUUGUUUGCGCCAUCCUGAACUUAGAGAUGUUUGUGAUGUGGGACAAAUGCUCUUUGGUGGAAGAUGGGCAUGGCAUGCUACUGCUGCCAUGUUUCUUUUGAACAAUACCUUUAUUCAGGGACUUCACGUUUUGACUACUGCAAAAUACUUGAAUACCGUCACCAAUCACAGUCAAUGUACAGUAGUAUUCGCCGUUAUUGCAGCUGUCAUUUGCUGGGUUUGUUCUGUCCCAAGAACCUUCAGUGCUCUAUCCUGGUUAGCAACCAUGUCUGCAUUCUUCACCUUCAUCUCCGUUAUGCUCGCCACUAUCUUCGCGGGAAUCGAAGGUCACCCUCUCGGGUACAAUCCCGAUCCUACCUCCAUCAUCCCAGCUACAGGUCUAUUCGGAGGCGCCCCAACUGUCACCGCAAUCCCAGUCAAAGGCGUAACAUUCGUAAAUGGUUUCAAUGCCUUCCUCAACAUCUCCUACACAUUCAUCGGACAAAUCACCAUCCCAUCAUUCAUGUCGGAGAUGAAAAAUCCCGUCGAUUUCCCCAAAGCCCUCUGGGCCGUCACCAUCGCCGAAGUCAUCGUCUUCAGUCUCGUCGGAGCAAUCAUCUACGCCUUCACCGGAAACCAAUACAUGACCGCCCCAGCCUUCGGCUCCUUAGGAAAAAAACUCUACGUAGAUAUAUCCUUCUCCUUCAUGGUGCCAACCCUCAUUUUCCUCGGCGUCCUCUACGCCUCCGUCUCCGGCCGCUUCAUCCUCCUCCGCGUCUUCCACAAAAACAAACGUCAUCUCACCGAGCACACUCUCACCGGCUGGUCCAUCUGGAUACUCAUCUUGGCAAUAACCUGGAUAGGCGCCUUCAUCAUCGCCGAAGUAAUCCCCUUCUUUUCCGAUCUCCUCUCUCUCAUGUCAUCACUCUUUGAUUCCUUUUUCGGAUUUAUUUUCUGGGGUGUGGCGUAUAUUAAAAUGCGACGUGUAGAUUAUGGAGCAGGUUGGAUGCAUAAAACGAGUAAACUCGGUUUGGGGUUUAAUGUCUUAAUUAUUCUUAUUGGGUUGUUGUUUUUGAGUGCGGGUACGUAUACCAGUGUGCAGAGUAUUGUGGAUGGCUAUAAUAAUGGGAGUUUUGGGGGUGCGUUUACGUGUGCUAGUAAUGGGAUUUAG